AUGGUUACAGUCAUGCCAGAUAUCCGCGGCCUUGUACACAAGCUCUGCGAGCAACGCGGAUUACCUUUGCUAGUCACGGACCUCAUAGCUGGAUGCCUCGACUACCGCGAUCUGCUCAAGAUCAACAUCCUUUCGCGAGCUUUGAAUGUUCAUGCAAAUGAGAUCAUCUACAGAGAUAUCGCCAUUGAUCUCUAUGGCGCCGAACGGUCUGAUGAAAGAGCCGCUUUGCUACUCCGCUCUCUACUCACGCGCGGAACAGCCGCCAAUGCCGUCCGCACUCUGUCUCUGGCUGGCGACCCUUUGCUGCACUGGAGAAAUACGCUUUCGCCGGUAGGAGGACAUGAAAGCGUCGAAGCUCCGCUUCGCGGCAAGACGCCUCCUGAUAUACUUGCUAAUCUGAGCGACUUCACGCAAGAAGAGAUUGGGCUAUACGACAACGUCGCCACAUUCUCCUCCGCGAGUCGGACUCUACCUCAGGCGCAGGUGUCUAUAUGGACACUUUGCCUUCACAUCCUUCGUCUCACGCCUUCUAUCCAGGACUCGAACAUCAGCUCUGACUAUUUCAGGGUGCCGGAGGUCCGUGACACCCUGCAAAAGAUGGCUAGAGAGGGCUUUUUCCAAAAGCUUCAGAGGUGCAAUCUGUGCUUGGACCUGCUAUACGGAGAGCGUCGCCACGCCAGCGUCGUAGAAGAUUGGGAUAAUGCGUUGCUAUUUCCAUUCAUGGCGCCGGCCAUCAAGAGUGUUGCAGCAGUGAUGAGUCUGAGGCCGGACGCCGUCCGCCACCUACGACCAGGCGGAUCCUCAGUCACACGACUGGUUUUGUAUCACUACCAGAUUGGCGACUCCGAUAUGAUUGCCUUGCUCGCGGCCACGCCUGGUUUACAGUACCUUGAGUACCACGCCGUGACCGACUACGCAUGGCUUACUUCGUCCCGGAGGCAGGCGAUAUCGGAACAUGCUGUGGGCCUCGAUCCUCUAUACGACGGACUGUGCCACGUGGCUCAUAGCUUGAAAGAGCUGCACACAUCGCACGACAUCCAAGAGGACAGCAUCCAUUUUCAGAGGGGCUAUGCUGCCGGCCAUGAACCCCCUUUCCGCCUACGAAAGGAGUUGUCGAGUCUUGCACAAUUGCACACCUUGACUAUACCCUAUGCGACGCUACUCGGCUGGACCCGCAAAGACUAUGAUUGGGAUUGGAAUGAGAUCCUACCUUCAUCUCUCCGCCACAUCAUCUUGAAUGACAACCUAAGUGACAAUUGUCUCGUCGAUGGUUGGAAGGAUGAGAGCUUGAUGCCGGUCAUUACAAAGCUUCUAGAGUGGCUGUCGGCUUUGCACGGGGAGGACGAGACUGCAGAAUUUGGGCUACAUUUGUUCCAGCUUGAUUCCGACUUCAACGAGCCAGUGCAGCAGGAGUUGUCUCGAACUUGUCAAGGGCUUGGUGUGCCGUGCUCGAUUCAGAAGAUCCAUCCGGAUCGCAACAGACCAGCACCCAGACCUCAGCUGGCAGGGGGUCGCGGGACAGGCAACGUAGGGAGAGGCCGCGGACGAGGACGCGGAGUGUAG